AACCAGUAAAUAAAGACGGCGGCUUUUUUUAUAAAAAUGGAGAUGGGUGACACUUUAAAACUUGAAAUUUGGGAGUUAAUAGGGUUAACAAUGGCUGGGGCUUCUGCAUCAAACAAGCUCCUGAGUUUGGGAACAAAGAUAGUGGCGGUAGGAAGGAAUUACGCAGCUCAUGCCAAAGAGCUCGGCAACGCUGUGCCAAAGGAGCCAGUUCUAUUCUUGAAGCCCACAUCUUCUUAUCUUCAAAAUGGGGGUGCCAUUGAAGUCCCUCAUCCUUUGGAGUCAUUGGAUCAUGAAGUCGAGUUAGCAGUCAUUGUUGGGCGAAAUGCUCGUGAUGUACCCCAAGGAACCGCCAUGGACUAUGUUGGAGGUUAUGCACUUGCCUUGGACAUGACUGCCAGAGAAAUACAAUCUUCUGCUAAGGCUGCAGGGCUUCCUUGGACAGUUGCCAAAGGCCAAGACACCUUCACCCCCAUUGGUUCAGUUAUACCCACGUCUAUGGUGAAGGACCCUCAUGACUUGGAGUUAUGGCUAAAGGUAGAUGGUGAAACCCGACAAAAGGGUUCAACCAAAGAUAUGAUGUUUAAGAUCCCAUUCCUUAUCAGUCAUAUAAGCUCUAUUAUGACUCUUUUUGAAGGAGACGUCAUACUGACUGGUACUCCACCAGGAGUUGGUCCUGUAAAGGCAGGACAGAAGAUAACAGCAGGUAUAACAGGCCUGGUUGAGGUCCAGUUUGAUGUUCAGAAGCGCCAGCGACCAAACAGUUCUUAAAUACAUCAAAACAAUCAAAAUGAUUUCUGCCACCGAAACUCCUCUUCCUAUUCCAAUCGAGACCUGAUGAUUUGAAACUCCGCAAUUCAAUGCUGAAGGCUCCCAAAUAUGUAUUUCUGAUUAUAAUAUUAUGCAGAUUGGACAAUUGUGUUUGUGCAUGAACAUGUGCGUGCCCGUGCGUAUGUUGAUUGCUGAUGGGCUCAUGUGGAUAGUUCUCCAAUGCACACACAUUUCAUCAUGCAAAGCCAGCCAAAAGAUAAGGGCGUAUGUUGAUU